AUACAUACCCAAGGGAUAGUGCAUCGCGAUCUCAAGCCCGAGAACGUGCUUCUCACGGCGCACGAUCCGCCCGUGGUAAAGGUGGCGGAUUUCGGCCUUGCGAGGGUCGUCGACGGCGUCGCGCUGUUUCAGACCAAGUGCGGUACCCCGGCAUAUGUUGCCCCGGAGGUGUGUGAUCAGAGCGGCGGUGGAUACGACGUCUUGGUGGACAGCUGGUCCCUCGGGAUCAUGAUUUUUCAGAUG